AUGUACGGCGCUCCGACUUUCGCUCAACAGUAUCACGUGCUCAACACGGAGCUGGAUGACAUCGUGGACGUCAGCGGAGACGCACAUCCCAGCUCUCACCGUCUUCUCUCCACUAUGGAGCUCAUUCACCAAGUUCCAGCCUCGCGACGAAAGCUCCAUCUACCUUACACGCAGAGCGUUGCCGGGUUCAAUUCCGACACAUCGGUUCCUCGAUUCCGCGUGAGCUUCCCGUCGUCGGUGCAUUCGAAGCCGAUCACCGGUCGGUUGAUGGUUUGCAUGGCUCAAAAACACGCCGUGAGUGAUCCGCAGGGUGAAGACCAACCUCGAUUUCUCGUUGACGACUCGAAAGAUACGCAACAGAUUUUUGCAGUCGACGUUUGGGAGUUCGCUCCGGGCGACAUUGGGACGGAGAGCCGAGAGGUGAAUGGCACACACGCGGUGGGGUAUCCCAUGGUCUUCAUGGACCAAGUGCCUGCUGGAGAGUAUUGGGUACAAGCAGUGCUACAUCCGUACGUAGAGUACAACCGCUCUGACGGCUGGAAGCUACAGCUUCCUAGCUUCACGACAUUCGAAAGUGACGGCGGCGUGCUCACAGCACCCGGUUCACUUUACAGCGCGGCUAAACGCGCACUAUUCGACCCCGCGACGUUCUCGGUUGAUCUCGUACUAACACAAGUGGAACCGGAGCUUCCCCCGCUUGAAGAACCUCAUGAGUUGCUUCAACACGUGACGUUCCGUAGUCCGUCCUUGUCGACUUUCUGGGGCACAGAUGUGUUUCUAAAAGCCUGGGUGUUGCUACCAUAUCGUUUCUUUGACGACGCAAUGAAGGAUGUACACUACCCUCUGUUCAUCUACCACACGCACUACAGUCGUGAAUUCGAGCACAGUUUCUACCCUUCACCUCCAAAGAAUACCACGACCGCAUCACUUGGAGAAGAGUACGGCUUCUAUUUCUUCUCCAACUGGACGUCUGACAACCCAACAGGUCCGUUUACUAACAAGCGAGGGAUCAUCGUACAGCUCCAACAUGCCAAUCCGUACUACGACGAUUCGUAUGCGGUCAAUAGCGCUAAUAUCGGACCGUACGGUGACGCGAUCACGUUCGAAUUCCUGCCAUAUCUUGAGCACAAGUUCCGUGGUAUCGGCGAAGGAUGGGCACGUACCAUGUACGGCGGCUCGACGGGCGGCUGGGAGUCCUUCGCCGUGCAGGUGUAUUACCCAGACGAGUACAACGGUUGCUGGUCGUUCUGUCCUGACGCGUUCGACUUCCACAGAUUCCAGCAAGUGGAUCUGGUUGCUAACAAGAACGCCUACUACGCUCGAGGUGACUGGACGCAGAAGGAUCGUGGAGCGAAGCGUAAUUAUCUCGGGGAUAUUCGAGAAACGAUGGCCGAAGAGAACCACCACGAGCUCGCGAUGGGCUCACGAGGACGUUCCGGAGGUCAGUGGGAUGCGUGGCAAGCUGUGUAUUCGCCGUUGAAUAACACGGACGGGUACCCGGCUGCUGUUUGGGACAAACGUACGGGUGAGAUCCACCCACAAGUCGUCGAGUAUUGGGAGGCACACUACGAUAUCCGUGCGAAGCUACAGCGUGAGUGGCACGCACGGGGACUCGGUCACAAACUCGUCAAUAAGCUUCACGUGUACGUGGGCGUCACCGACAGCUACUACCUGAACGACGCGGUCUUCCUGCUUGAAGACUUCUUGAAGACCACGACGGAGCCGUAUUACAAUGGCUCGAUCGUGUACGGCGUCACGGACGGUCGGGGGUACGAACACUGCUGGACAGGUAGCUUCGAGCAGUCGAUUUCGCUUGGAUGGCAAACUGUCAACCAGCGAAUGAUCCCUCAAAUGGUUGAUCACAUUGUGUGGUCAGCACCCGAAGGCGCAGAUCUGAGCUUCACGUCGUACUAG